AUGGAUAAAGAAACAAUUCAGAAAUUAUUGUGUGAAGCACGCGAGCUUAAAUCGGAGAAAAAUGAAGUGGCCGCUUUACAUAAAUAUAUUACGGUGAUGAAUGAAAUUCAAAUCAAUGAGUAUAACGCUCCUCCUGAAGAAAAGGAUUAUUGGAGUUCACUUCUAUCCGAAUGUCAAAAAGAGUUUAAUGAAUUGCGCGGUUCUGUCGAUAACGUACACUUAUUUACGGACGACUUGACUUCUUCUAAACUUGGGUACAUGGUUGACAAAUGCGUGAAUGGAGCUUGGAAUCUUCUUGAAAGCGGAUUCUCUGCUGUUGGAAGUAUGAUGGGCUCCGCAUUAUCGAAUCCUUACGUACAGUCCACAAUCUCUGUAAGAAAUUGUGUGUUCAAGUGCAUAAUCUGUAGACAGCAGAAAGCGCAAUGGAGUUUAUCAGUGAUGUGAGUAUUGUCACCAUGGCGAACGUAUCGACUCUGGUGGAUAAUUAUUUGGAUGAUUCUUCCGAGCACACUCCCGAUGUUAAUAUGGAAGGUCUCGUGGAAGAGCAAGGGUCUGAGCAAGAGUUGGAUGUUCAAGUACCAGAAGAGCAGCAAGAAGAAGCAAAAGAGGAAGAAGUUGUAGUAAGAGAAAUAAAGAAGGAGAAGCAAGAAGAAGAAAAAGAAAAAGAAAAGAGCCCAUUGACAGAAGAACCCAAUCAGCCAUCCAGCGAAGUUUCUAUCGAACCCGAAGAACCCAAACAAUCCGAAGAACCAGAAAAAGAAAAAAUAGAACCCCAGCAACAACUGGAACCGGAACCGGAACCGGAACCGGAACCGGAACCCCAGCAAUCGUCCGAAGAAAAGCCCCGCGAGGCUCCGGCUGCUCCGGCUGCUUCGGUUUGUU